AUGUCGGGUCCCUUCAGCGACACCGCGGCGACCGCGGCGCGGGGCUUUGGCGCGACUGUGGAGAAUGAAGAACUCGAUGCCGACUACAGCAUGGUCGCAGAUGAAUACCCCGACGAGGUCGACUACUAUGCCUUGCUAGGCUUAUCGAAAGAACCACCUCCCACCGAGGCCGAAAUUCGCUCCGCAUACCGCAACCUUUCCCUGAGCUUCCACCCGGAUAAGCAACCACCGCACCUCCGCGAGGCCGCCAACCAGCAUUUCGGUCAGAUACAAGAGGCAUACGAUGCUCUCAUUGACCCGAAGAAGCGCACAGUAUAUGAUAUGCUAGGAGCAGAGGGAGUGAGACGAGAAUGGGGCCAUGGGGGCGCCAUGGGUCUAGGGGGAGAGGCGCAGAUACAGGAUGUCGGCGUCAAAACCAUGGCACCCAAGGAAUUUCGACAGUGGUUCUUGAAAGCGAUGAAGAAGCGUGAGCGGAAGGCCGUUGAAAAUCUAGUGAGGUCCAAGGGAACAAUUAUUAUUGGAAUAAACGCAUCAAACACCAUUAGAGUGGACAAUGCCUUGGAAGAGUUGACUAUCCAUGUGCCAUCGCCACAGUUGAGUAGCUUUGGCGCCAAAUAUCAAUUUAAGGCACCUUUGCCCCUUCCUGGCUUCCUGGCCGAAACUGGGGGAAAUGACGAGGACGAGAAACAGGACCAAGAAAAAGCUCAGUCAGCGGAAGAUACUACAGCUGAACUUGGGGAUUUUGGAGAAUUAACAAUUGCCGCUGGUAUCGCUGGUGGCCUUGGUCGUCAAACGACACCUUACAUUGUUGAAUACGAGGAUGGAACACAGGAGGAGCUACAGUUACAGGGCGCUCCCUAUUUAGCGGCCAAGGAUAUACACCUUGGUGCCACCAUUGUCCCCAACUUCAGCAAGUUGGCAGGUAGCAAGAGAAUUCUCACUUGGCGACCUUUCACAUUUCUCAGAGACUCAAAGGUCUCUAUCGAGGGUGAAAUUCUACCAGUACCCUCCCUGAAAACCUCGGUAAAUCGAAGUAUCCAGCCAGUUGCUGGUACUAGACCAUUUUCGGUGACAGCCACUACCACUAUCACACACUCCCUAUAUGAAAGUCCUCCAGCCUUAGAACUCGAAGUCACCAAACAGGUUACCAAACAAAAAAUCGCCUUCGCUGCAUGGUCAAGUGGCUCAUGGGGAUGGCCCGAAUUCUUUUCGCAACGUUUCACGUCCCUUGGGAUGAGUCCCGAAACCCUCCUCGCUACGCAUUAUGAGGUCAGCAGCUUUCAACUUGGUCUUCUCUCGCUUCCCGAAAGAAAGGCGACUCUUGAAGAUGACGGUGAAGAUGAAGUUGAUGAUGAUGAUACGUUGAACCAACUUCAACAGAAGAGACUGGCUGCCCAUCGUGCCGCGGAGUCGUGGCAAACGUAUUUGCAGGCCACUCCCGACGGGUGUGCCUUGAUCUUGAAAUACAGCCGAAACUUGUUUACUGGCAAGCCGUCAGAUGAUCCUGUCAGAUCCGAGUGGAGUAGCGAGGGAUAUUUCCCCAUGCCGAGAAUGGAAGAAGCUCGCGCAGUGCGACUUGAAAUAAGAAGCGUAAUUGCUCAAGACCUGACACCUAGCUGGACUGUGCAGGGUACUCGAAAGGUUGGCGAAUAUACCACUGUUGGGCUAGGUGUUGGUAUCGCACACACAGGUGUUAGCAUGACCGUCUCAUGGAAUCGUCUCGGUCAGGGCUUCAAUAUCCCCAUCAUCGUCUGUCCUGCAAACGAGGCAAACCAAGGUGCUGCAGUCUUUGCUACACUUGCUCCAUGGUUAGCUUAUUGUGCCAUUGAAUUCGGCUACAUCCGGCCACGCGAUCGAAGAAACCGACGACAAGCGGCCGCUCGUCGUCAUAACGAGCUGAAGAAGCGUAUUCCUCAGAAGCGAACGAAGAGCCUAGAAGCUAUAGAGCUCAUGUCCGAGCAAGUGCAAAGACGACAGGGCAAAGAAGCGAAGCAAGACGGUCUUGUGAUUACUAAGGCGGAAUACGGCUAUGACCCAUCAACAAGCAAAAAGCUGCGGGCUAAAUUCCCUGACUCUCGACUGAUUGAUGUGACCAUCCCAGUGGCUGCGCUGGUUGAGCAAGGCCAAUUGGGUAUCCCUCAAGACACUAUAAAAUUCCAUCUUAUGGGAUUCUAUGACCCUGCACCUCUCUUGCCAAAGCGACUUCGUGUUUGGUACACCUUCCAGGGUCACCCUCAUUUUGUAGAUGUUGGUGAGAAGGAGGGCGUUUCUUGCCCCAUGCGCACGCACUUGUUAUCAGCUUGA